AUGCCUCUCAGUGUCUCCACAGCCAUGGGCCUGGACAACAGUGGCAAAUUGACUUUCCAGAACUCACCAGAAAAGGGGGCUGAAUACUCAAUCCUGACUAUCGUGUGCUACGACCGCUACGUAUCCAUCUGCAAACCCCUGCACUACGGGACCCUCCUGGGCAGCAGAGCUUGUGCCCACAUGGCAGCAGCUGCCUGGGCCAGUGCCUUUCUCUAUGCUCUGCUGCACACAGCCAAUACAUUUUCCCUGCCCCUGUGCCAGGGCAAUGCCCUGGGCCAGUUCUUCUGUGAAAUCCCACAGAUCCUCAAACUCUCCUGCUCACACUCCUACCUCAGGGAACUUGGGCUCAUUGCUGUUAGUGUCUGUUUGGUAUUUGGCUGUUUUGUGUUCAUUGUUUUCUCCUAUGUGCAGAUCUUCAGGGCUGUGCUGAGGAUCCCCUCUGAGCAGGGACGGCACAAAGCCUUUUCCACCUGCCUCCCUCACCUGGCCGUGGUCUCUCUGUUUAUCACCACUGCCACAUUUACCUACCUGAAGCCCCCCUCCAUCUCUUCCCCAUCCCUGGAUCUGGCCCUGUCAGUUCUGUACUCAGUGGUGCCUCCAGCCCUGAACCCCCUCAUCUAC